CUUGACCGUGGAUUUCCGAGAGUCGCAUAGCUUGAAUGCAGUAAAUGGACUGUACCAACAAGAGAAGAAUACACUCACAAACAUGUUUUUCAAAGACUCACCUUUUCCAAAAUGUUUUACAUAUGUUGUUACUAUUGUCUGGGGGUUUGAUUAUGAUAGGCUUUAGUCUACUAAAAUGUAGCCAUUUAUUUUUUGCAUAGUGUAUAUCCCCCACACCUCUCUGCUCGUGACACUGAAAACCCACCCCUCUUCUCUGGUGAAAGCAAGGUAGGCUGCUGGAUUCUCAGCUGGUUCGAAGUUGGCCAGUAUGCAAUGAUGGCGUUACAUGUCAACAAUAGAGAUGCUUACUAUCAGAGUGCCGAUUAUUACAGAAAUUCGCAGCCUUUGAACUAUGGGGAUAGCAGCUAUUAUUUUUCCCGAUUACCAGGACCAGAGUCUAUGCUGAAGCCUUCACUGAGCCUAUUUGGCCAGCAGCAGCCACUGUUCCAGCCAAUGCCUCCUACACAUACCCUUGGACCCCCUCCACAGACCCUUGGACCCCCUCCACAGACCCUCGGACCCCCUCCACAGACCCUCGGACCCCCUCCACAGACCCUUGGACCCCCUCCACAGACCCUCGGACCCCCUCCACCAGUAGUAGUGACCCCGGACCCCCUCCGUUUCCCCCUCUCCAGUCUUCUGUCUGCCAAACCUCCCGCUCACCUCCAGCUGGUGCAGGGGCCCCCCUGCCCUGUCCCACCUUCCACUGCCCAGGCGACCCUCAGCAGCAGGCCCCAGGAGAAAGAUGCUCAGAUCGGGGCCACAGACCAGGACGCUACCUUGGAGGAGCUGUGUAAGCCUCUGUACUGCAAACUGUGCAACGUCACCCUCAAUUCUGCUCAGCAGGCACAGGCCCACUACCAGGGAAAAAACCACAGUAAGAAGCUGAGAAAUUUCUAUGCAGGGAGCCAGCAGUCACCUGCCAUCAGGAUUCCGGAGGUAAUAGAGCCACUUUCCCAGCAACCCCUCACGACUCCACCAACUGACAGUGCAACUCCCAAACAGCCGGUGUCAUUCAUGGGUGCCAGCAGGGUGAUCUUAGCCACGGAGAACGACUACUGCAAGCUGUGUGAUGCCUCGUUCAGCUCCCCUGCCGUGGCUCAGGCACACUACCAGGGCAAGAACCAUUCCAAGAGACUGCGGCUGGCUGAGGCCCAGCAGAGCAGUAGCAUCCUAGAGUCGACUGAGUGUGUCCAGAGGCGUCCGAGGAAAGAGGGGAGCGAGUACAGGUUUAUCAAGAACCGUAGGACCCCACAGUUGCCUAUUGCCGUGCCAGGCCCCUACUACAACCCCCGGCCCAGGCAGAGGAUCCCCAGGGACCUGGCCAUGUGUGUGACGCCCAGCGGCCAGUUCUACUGCUCCAUGUGCAACUCUGGGGCCAGCGAGGAGGCCGACUUCCGCCUGCACCUGGAGAGCAAGCAGCACAAGAGCAAGGUGUCGGAGCAGCGCUACCGCAGCGAGAUGGAGAAUCUGGGCUACACUUAAGAAGGCAGCGCCGCAGCACGGGGAGGAGAGGGGAUGGAGGAAGGGGGAGGGGGAGGCAACGACUAUCUUCAUCAUGCACUGUACGCUAGAGGCCAGUAGAAUGGGUAGAGACUAUGUUCUGCAGCAAACUAAAAUGUGUGGAAGAGGAGGGUACAUUUAUGUAAAUUAUAUACAUAAACCACUCUUCCACUCUUUUCCUUAAUGUGUAUAAGUUAUUGAUCUUCUGUUCGUGUUUUAGUUUGUUAAUGUAGUGUACAUAUUUGAAUGACAUUUCUAGAAAUCUUUUAAGGUGUGCACAGAAUGUCCACCUGCUAGUACACUUGUGGAUGUUUCACUCUUGCUUGAUUCUGUAUGCCUGUACUGACCCGAGCCUGUGUGUGAUUACCAUGCAUUUUGCGUCUCAGAUGAAACCAGGGAUUUGUCCAUAUUUCACGCUGAAUUUUACCCAUAGUAGGCCUACAUGAAGAACCUACCAUGCUGUGGGGUAUAUUGGUGAAGAUUUUAUCUCACAAUCGGUUUUCUUUCCCCGGUUUAAACCUUGUUAUGACUAGGGCCAGGGACAAUACCAGUAUUGCGAUACUAAUAGCUUGGCAAGGAAACAAAACAUGAAGUGAGUUAAACUUCUUUAGGAAAACAGCCCUAAUGUUGGAAACAAAGAUCAUUAUGUUGUCAACCAGAGUCACAUUUAUUUAUUUCCAAGCUAUAGCACAUAAUAUUUUAUUUACGGCAGAUUUUUAAGGGACCAAAGUGUUUGGUCUGCUUUGUGUUUUCAUGUUUGCCACGGAAAAAAAUAUCGCUAUACUGGUAUUGUCACAGCCUUAGUUAUUAUUUGAGUUUGAGUAGCUGGACAUUUCCACACUAUAUAUACAAAAGUAUAUGGACAUCCCUUCAAAUUUGUGGAUUCUGCUAUUUCAGCCACACCCAUUGCUGACAGGUGUAUAAAAUCAAGCACACUGCAAUCUCCAUAGAUUAACAUUGGCAGUAGAAUGGCCCUUACUGAAGAACUCAGUGACUUUGAACGUGGCACCAUCAUAGGAUGCCACCUUUCCAACAAGUCAGUUCGUCAAGUUUCUGCCCUGCUUGAGCUGCCCCGGUUGUCUGUAAGUGCUGUUAUUGUGAAGUGGAAACGUCUAGGAGCAACAAAAACUCCGCCGUGAAGUGGUAGGCCACACAAGCUCACAGAACGGUACCGGAAAGUGCUGAAGCGCGUAGCGCUUAAAAUCGUCUGUCCUUGGUUGCAACACACUACCAAGUUUCAAACUGCAACGCCACAACAAUAACAAUCCCGUGCACAAAGCAAGGUCCAUACAGAAAUGGUUUGUGAGAUCAAUGUGGAAGAACUUGACUGGCCUCCACAGAGCCCUGACCUCAACUCCAUCGAACACCUUUGGGAUGAAUUGGAACGCCGACUGCGAGCCAGGCCUAAUCGCCCAACAUAUUGAUGCCCAUGAUUUUGGAAUGAGUUGUUCGACGAGCAGGUGUCCACAUACCUUUGGUCAUGUAGUGCGUGUGUAGUAGAAGAAAGAAAAGUUCUAUUCCAGACUUCUACCAGACCAGGAGGCAGUUUCCCAAAAGCAUCUUGUCUAUAGUUUAUAGAGAACUACGGGGAUGUGACUACAGUAGGAUCCUAUGGUUCAAAUGAUGAACUUAGCCUUAAGAUGCUUUUGGGAAACCGGGUCCAAGUGAAUGUACUGUGAUUGCGGUGACAAUUAUUUCUCCCAGCAGGCUUUGCACAAAUUUUUAAUUGGGUGGCUUAGGGUUAUUUCCACAAGGCCUCUACUCUGUCUCAAUGGAUAUUUUUUUUAUUUAUUUACAAAAUCUGACUGACUGUUCUCUUUCCUUAUGCAUGUUUACAUGGGUUUGGUACGAUUCCAAGCAUCCUGAACAUCCCAGUAAACUCAGCCUUUUGUCCUGGUCCCUUAUUAUUAUUGGAUGCUGUAAAAGCCAGCUGCUGUAAGCUCCUGACUUCCCUAUGGGAGGUCUGCUCUCCGAAAGCAGAGUACCUCAGGAGAAUACAGAGCAGGACUAUUUUUAAUUGGGUGGCUUAGGGUUAUUUCCACAAGGCCUCUACUCUGUCUCAUUUAGAGCAAAGGGAGUUUAGGAUUUGAUACAAGACCAAUUUGUUCAGAUGAGAAACACAACCAAAGCUUGAGUUCAUAUUCCUACAUAUCUGCCCCUUUAAAGGGGCAAUCAGCAGUUGCUACAUCGAUCUUUGGACUUAUAAAUAAUUAUAUGUACCCAUUGAUUCUUGUACUUCAUCAGAACCCAACAUACAGUAUAAGCUUGUUUUACCUCAAUGUUUGUAAACAAUGUAAAUGUUAACAAACACUGUUUAGCCUGAAAACAUUGUAGAAACUAUAAUUUACGUUCAUGAAUUUGAGAGAUAUAAAAAAAAAAAGCCCCAUUCCUCAGUGUUUUUACCGAAACAGUGGCCGGGAAAACACUUUGUUAUUAUUUCAACUGCUGAUUGGCACAUCAACAAAUAAAUCGAGGCAUUCAUAGUUGGGUUACACUGGGCCUCUGAUGAUUUGCUUUUCUGUAUCGUAAAUGCCCUUGUAAACUAUUUUAAUAUAGCCUUUUUUGUUGCUCUUGACCAUAGUUUCUUUGUUUCUUUGUUUUAAUUUAAGAAGUGUAUUUUUUAUCAUUAUUAUUAUAUAUCUUUUUAAAAUGGUUUAUAUGAUUUAUAUCGUUUUCUAUUUAUGAGUGUUUGUUUUUACAGACAAUUAGCUGUAUAAAAAAUCUACUGUUAUCUAAUGUAGUUGAGGGUCAUGUGCAACAUCACUUUAUUUGUACACAAAUUAUUAUGUUAUAAUAUUUCACUGUAUAAAUUAUGUUUGUGAAAUUUACAUUUGUGCAUGAUAUUAUUAGAAUAUAAAUAUAUUUAAUUAUUCAGAAUAUCCUACUAGUGGGAGUGUAGGAACUAGGCCAAUUCUCCAGAGAUAGAGACGGGACCAUUAUAUUGGACACAAAGUACUGAAUGGGAAUGAGUUACAUUAGUAUUGCACUUGUUGUUAUAGAGGAGAUGGUGGAUUUUUAUACUGAUUUGUUUUGAUUAAUGUUAUUUGUUGAAGUUCUAUUGAUGCGUCUCGAUCUGAUUCAUACCAAAUGUUUACAGAGUGGUCUAAAGGGAAGUCGAUCACAUUUAAUGUUGGAUCCAUCCAGGGCCAGCAAGUUAAUUUCCUGCUAUUCUACACAUUUUGCCAAGGGGUGUAGAGAUGUUGCAGUUUUAAAGCAAGUUUACUGCAAUUCUACAUAUAUUUCCAUGGGGCCGUGAGAACCCCCCCCCCCCCCAAAAUCAUGCAAUUCUACUCAUUUUGCCAUGGGGCAGACCUACAUUAAAUUAGUUUUACAGCUAAUUUCAUGAAAUUUUACCCCCUUUUGCCAUGGGGUGGAGAGAAUGUUUUGCUGUUUUAAAGCUAAUUUCCUGCAAUUCUACACAUUUUGCCAUGACUUGUGCCAUGUUAAUAUAUCUGAGUGAUAAUGACUAACAAAAUCAAUGGGGGCCCCUUGGAGUUCAGAGCCCCUGGGCACGUGCCCUGCAUCCCGGUCGGUAUUUGGCCAUGAUUACUACAAGUUUAGAUAGCUGGCUAGACUAACUUUUCUUGGGAGUUCAAACCAAUGUAAUUAAAUGGGCUGCAUUGAACAUGUUACACAUGAAGUGAUCUACUUCAUCUGGUUCAUUGCUCAAUUUAACCACCCAGAGCAAGGAAGCCUUUUCUAUUUGGAACUAGCACAGCAGCUGAAUUAACCACUUUCAUAAUGAUACCUUUGAAGUCAUAAUAUUAUGCUAGUUUACAAUUAUGUAGCAUACCACUUAAAAUGGGAGUGUGUAUCUCCCAAAACUUCAAGGAAGUUCCUCAGAGUGUAUAUUGUGGGUCUGAGUGCAAUUCAUUAGUCUAAUGUGAGUAGUCAUAUCUCAUUCAAUGCUCUAUUUCUGUUAUAGUAAGUGGAGAUGUGUUUGACUGCUGCGACACAUCCAUCCAUGCUAGGCUGUGCAGGCUGUGUUGACUGUGCUAGUAGCUGUAGCUGUGCAGGCUGUGCUCUGUCCUCUGUGGCGUCAGGCAGGAGCCAUUCCUUGCUGGGCGUAGUGUAGUGCUGCAGCAGCACAUCUGUUUGCCGCUCUAUCAGGAAGUGGUGACCCGGCAUGGGAACUUACCCCAGGGAGAUCCACACAGGCACAACAAACACUCUCCAAAUGGAGCUCUGUGUAUUCAGGCCAUUAUGGAUAUCCUCUCCUCAGCUACGUAUGGCUGGCUCUGAGUUUGGCUCUCUAUCUGCUGCUCAGAAAUAUCACCUCUCUAAGAUAGAUGGUUUUAUAAUGUCAGAGAUAGUAAACUAUAUUUAGGGAUAAGGGAAUAAAAUAAGCGUUAGCUGCAGUGCCUUUCUAAUGCCACACAAUUUCAUAUCAUGGCUGCCUUGGGCGCAAACAUGAUUCUUCAGAACAAUCGACUUCAUUUCCAUUGGAGGAAGAAAUAUUGCUGCUGGUGCAAUAUGGAAAAUGUGUGAUCCUAAGGCACCAAUUCAUUUGGAUUGACUUCCCUUUAGAGAAAGUAAUUGUAUAACAAUUAUUUAAUUGUCUUGAAUGUAUGUAUAUUUGAAGAAUAACAGAAUGAAAACAGUUGUUUUAGAAACUAUUGGAACAAUUAUUUUAGUCACUGUACAAUAUUGGCUAACUAUUUAAUAAAAAAUGUUAUACUUGUUA